UGAAAAGUUUACCAAAGCAAAAGAGUUCUCCAAAUUUUAAACAAGAAAGAAAUGCCAACGGUAAACAAGAAAGAAAUGCCGACGGUAAACAUGAAAGAAAUACCAAAGAUAAACAUGAAAGAAAUACCAACUAUGUAAUUAAAAAUGAAUUAUAUGCAAAAAGGAACAAAUUAAAAAAAUUGCAAAUUGAAUUGUCUCUGAAGAUUAAAGAUGAUUUAGGUUAUCAUAGCAAAAACUUAACCGAUUUAAGAAAUAGGUUAGGAUCCAAUACAGAAGGAAAUAAUGAUCUGGAAAAAGAAUUAGAAUCUACGACGACACCACAAGUUGGAUCACCUCCGCCUUAUUAUGAAACAAUAGACAGCAUUGAGACCCUCGACCGCAUCAGAUAUUCUGCGCACAUUGCUACCAUUAAUGAUGAGUCCAAGACUUGUGAUAGCAUAGAUGGUAUGAAACUAGGUAAUAGAUUAGAAGUUCGGAAUAACGUCUCUGUGAGCAUUGAGACCCUCGACCGCAUCAGAUAUUCUGCGCAUGUUGUUAUUAUUAAUGAUGAGUCCAAGACUUGUAAUAACAUAGACGGUAUGAAACUAGGUAAUAGAUCAGAAGUUCGGAAUAACGUCUCUGAGUACAUAUCAGUAUAUUCAACUAUUUUUCAAGGGCCUUCUGACAUCGCAAUUACUGAAGCUGAACGAUUAUUCUCACUACUUAAAAACCAGAAAGAUAAAAUUGAUAAUAUUUUGGAUUCAUAUGCUGUAUAUGCAGUGGGUCCCAAAUUUCAGAAUGAUUAUUCCAUGCCUUAUAUUGCUUGUUGGGCUGCUAACCCUCUCACGGUAUCAAUUAUGGAAAAAAUUUCAGGUUUGUUUAAUCAUGAAUUUGAAUUUUCAACAACUAAUAGUGAUGCAGUCGAACAGUUUGAGAUCGACUUAAAUAAUUGUGGGGUGACAGAGUUUCUCAGCAACCAGUGUCCGUCUUUAAAUAAAUUCAUUUGCUAUUAUAUCGAUUCGUUAGAAAUCUGUUCCUCUCCGAUUCCAAAGUCCGAUAAUACAUGCGUUAUUAUUCAAAAGAAAAAACAUAGUCCACAUAAAGCUAAUAAUAAUAUAACUUCUACAAAAGUUCAUGAAAAUGACUAUAGCCUAAGUUCCAAAGCAAUUGCCAUUGGCAAUAAGAAAAGUCGAAGUUCAACAGCAACAACAAAAGAAUGGACCAUGAGGGAUGAAUUUAGUGAAACUACUGGAAACAAAUGGUUAUAUCGGUUUACUGAUAGCGAUGUAUAUGAUACUUUAGACAAUAGAUUUAGCAUCAAUACGGAUUUACAUAAGGGGGAAUCAGUUACUGUUACCUCAAAAAACAACAACCAACCUCUGAAAGAAAAUGAUGAUGAGUUCAUUAAAC